CCCAAAAUAGCAUUAGCAGGGCGGCCUUGGAAAUAUUUAGCUACCAUGAACUGCUGCGAUGGCGACAGAUCCACCCAUAACGCAACAAAUAACGAAGAAUCAUCGAGAGAUCAAGAGACCACCCGUAAAUGUUCGUCUUGAGGAUGUGGAGGACUGUUUGAUUUAUGACCGAAAUGGCGUCUCAACUCCCUUCAAAGAGUUAUACCAAGACAGGAAAUCAGUCGUUAUUUUUGUACGGAAUUUCUUGUGCCACACCUGCAAAGAAUAUGUGGAUGAUUUGAGCAGAAUACCAGGGGAAGUUCUGAAGGAAGCUGGUCUCAGACUGGUUGUUAUCGGACAAUCAUCUCAUCAUCAUAUUGAGUCAUUCUGCUCACUGACUGGCUACCCACAUGACAUGUACGUCGACCCAGAGAGAUGCAUAUACAAAAAACUGGGGAUGAGGAGAGGAGAGAUGUCUGUGGAAUCAGCCCACCCUAGCCCUCAUGUGAAGUCAGGUAUGCUCGUGGGCCAUAUGAAGAGCAUGUGGAGGGCCAUGACCAGCCCUAUAUUUGACUUCCAGGGAGAUCCUCGACAGCAGGGUGGAGCCAUCAUCAUUGGCCCAGGCUCUGAGGUCCAUUUUGCCCAUUUGGAUAUGAACCGGCUGGACCACAUGCCCAUCAACUGGUUGCUACAGCUGGCCGGAGUACAACACACCCUGGACCUCAGUGAUAAGCCAAAGAUCAUUGUCGUGUAGCCCACUUGCUUUGUUUUUGUGUCGUGAUGAAAAACAUUUAAUCUAAAAAAAAGUACAUUUUUUGUUUUCAAUACAAAAAACAGUCAGCCACCCAGGCUUGACACCAUGUUGGAGAUGCAUGCUUAAUUGUCUGUUUAUAAUCAUGUACAUAAAUAAUACUUACUUUUUCACUGCUG